GCCGGAGGAGCCGCUCCGCCGCCGGCCCCGCGCUCCCGCCGGCAUGAUCUCCUGAGGGGCCGAGCCUGCCCGCGACCCCCGCCCCGUGGCAUGAAAAUUUUCAGAAAAACUGAGUGAUGUUUUAAGCAACUUCCCUGCAGGAUGCGGAGCCACUUAGCGUGUUCUGCAGCUGAGGCUCUGAAAUACUGGAGGACACCUCAUCUUCCUCAGGGACACGGACAAGGGAGAGCUGGAGCCUCUGGGGGGCUUGGAAAGGAAUUGCAGUUGGUGGUGGUCGCCUGAGGAGCUUACCUUCACACCAAUGUUGCUCUGAAACAAGUUGUGUCCAACAUUCAGGUUUGGUAAGAUGCCUCAGGAACAGUACGCGCACCGGAGCACCAUGCAGACCUCGGAAGGACCCCAGGUAUACAAAGUGGGGAUUUAUGGCUGGAGGAAGAGAUGCCUCUAUUUCUUUGUGCUGCUCCUAAUGAUUUUAAUCCUGGUGAACCUUGCUAUGACCAUCUGGAUUCUGAAGGUUAUGAACUUCACAAUUGAUGGAAUGGGGAACCUGAGAAUCACGGAAAAGGGUCUGAAGCUUGAAGGAGAUUCAGAAUUCUUGAAACCUCUUUACGCCAAAGAAAUCCGGUCAAGACCAGGCAACCCACUGUACUUCCAGUCCGCCAGAAAUGUGACAGUGAACAUCCUCAAUGAGAAGACGAAAGUCCUCACUCGCCUUGUAACAGGUCCCCAAGCAGUGGAAGCACACAGCCAAAAAUUUGAGGUGAAAACCCUCUCUGGAAAAUUGCUGUUUUCUGCAGAUGACAACGAAGUGGUGGUUGGAGCAGAGAGAUUGAGAGUUUUAGGAGCAGAAGGCACAGUGUUCCCUAAAUCUAUAGAAACUCCCAAUGUCAGGGCAGACCCCUUCAAGGAACUAAGGCUGGAGUCUCCCACACGCGCGCUGGUGAUGGAGGCUCCGAAAGGCAUCGAGAUCAACGCCGAGGCCGGCAGCUUGAAAGCCACGUGCAGGACAGAGCUCAGGCUGGAAUCCAAAGAUGGAGAGAUAACGUUGAAUUCUGCAAAAAUCAAACUACCUAACUUGCCUCAAGGAUCUUCCUCUUCUGCAGGGUCCAGGCAAAAAAUCUACGAGCUCUGUGUGUGUCCCAAUGGGAGGUUAUUCCUGUCUCAGGCAGGCAGUAGCUCGACCUGCCAGAUAAAUACAAGCGUCUGCCUUUGAGAGACAAUUUGCAGUGGGGCAUCGCAGGCAGCACAAAAGCCAGUUCUGGUCUCACAGAUCUCAGCUGCCAACUAUUUUUACUAGAACACAGAAAGCCUAUCAAAGACUUUUUUUGUGUGUGCGCGCGCGUGUGUGUGAAUAUAUAUAUAAAAAUAUAUAUAUAAAAUAUAUAUAUAUAUCCUCUGUGUAAAAUGAUGUUUCAGUACAAGGAAUCCCAGGGUGACCCUGUUACAUUUGUGUAGCAUUUCUCUUUCCCCCACCAAAAUUUACUGGUACAAUCUGCCGAAUUGGAUCUGAUGCUCCCCUGGACCCUUCUGUAGUAAUGCAGUGUCAUGAUCACCCCUCGUUUUUGAUCAUGUUCUCAGAGCAAUGGGAUUGCUGGCUGGUCAAGACCCUGGAACCCAUGUAGACCCACCAACAUACGAGGGAAGAGAAGCAUCUCUGAUUAUUUUUGCACCAUUAAAUCAGUGGCAUGGAAAAAAAAAUAAAUUAAAAACCAAACAACGAAAUAGCCAGAUGUGCUGUACUGAUCACCUGCAGUCAUCCAAGAUAUCUGAGGUUAAAUUACACUCAUUAAUUAUCACCCAAAGCAUGGCUUCCUGUUGGUAGAGGUGGAUGCACUUGGCCAGUAGGAAAGUCCAGAUCUUGCUGGAAUAAUCCAUGUGAUUUUCUGAAGAGGUUCAACACUUGCCUGUGCAUGGCCAAGGAUGUCUUGUGCUACUCAGAUGGCACGCAUCAGCUCAAACACUGACCUAAAGUUCAUCCUUGUGCUAACAAAACUGCUGUUAUAUUUAGUUACUGGAAGAAAAAAAAUUGUGAAAGUUGGACUACAUAGAAAAAUCCUGAACCUCCUCAUUUAACAGGUGUCCUGGAUGACCCUACACACGCUCCAUUAGCACCUUCAAUUCUGAACACAUCUGGCGCAAAGGUGUGAAGAUUUAAGAUUUGGACAGUGCCUAAAUACCUAUAGAAAUAGAAAAAGUUACCUAUCCUGCCCUUAGAAACUGAGAAAAUUAUACAAAUUAGGUGUAUAAUGUAGAUGCUAUGCCAGAAUUUUUUCCAUCUUUCUUUUCGGGAUACACAGUCCAAGGCCACUUAGAUUUGGUGGAGACUGCAAAUAUCAGAGAUGUUGACAAUGAAACAGACUUCUUUAAAGAAUUUAUAAAGAUUUUGAUAAAGCCAGAUGACUAGAAAUCAAGGGCUCUGGAUGCUGUUUCCUCUAGAAUUUGAACCCCAAAACUGUGAAUAUUUCCGUGUUUGCAUUUUUCCAUAUUUUAAAGUCUAGGAGUCACUUACAGGCAGGAUAAAACAUGAAAUUUGAACUGGUAACGUUCUUUCCACUGUUCAAAUUUCAGAAAAUAAUAAGAGCCCAGAUCAUUGAAUUCUGACCCAUAAUUGCAUCGACAAGCAUGUAAAAAUCUUUGAAAAACAAAUAUACUAAUUAUGGCAAGGAGUUUCCAAGUCGCAGUAAAUCUCACGAGGACAGCUAGGUUUCUAAGACACUGAGAUGCUUUUGAAAUAUUACCUCAUGUGCAAAUAAGACAGAUCUGUGUCCAUCCCUAGUGAUAUCUAACCAAAGCUGGUGUUCUUCAAGCGAUCUUCAGCAUAAAAUGCAGCUGACAGAAAUCUUCAGAAUUAAUUUAGCCCAUUCCUUUUUUACAGCUUUUCACGUAUUUUCUUGUGGUCUGGAGAGUACCAGGGUUUUAUUUAUUUAUUAUUUUUUAAAGAACAAUUCUGGCUUAAUCCAAAACUGAUUGGACCCAAAGAGAAGAUUUCUAUGGAGUUUAGAUUAGAUAUGUUGCUGCCUAAGAAAGCAGCACUCCCAUAAAAUUUACUCCCAAUAGAGGAUUGAAUAAUUUACUUUUAUUUUAGUAACGCUUCCCAGUGAAUUAAUGAAUUCAAACUAUUUGUUAAUGAAUGAUUCCUGUAAUUAUUUUGUCUUGAGUCAACAUUUGAAUGCAAAGGGUCACCCAGGAUAACAAUUGUAUUGGGACACAGGACUAUACCAUCUCUGUUCAAAGAGGGGAAUUGUGCCUAUGCCUUAAGUCAAUGCACUCAGCAAGGAGAAGCACAUCAUAUUUAUCUUGUUAUUAAAACUAGUUUAUUUGGGGGGGAGGGACAGGAGGGUGUCUUGGGAACUGGUUGUGCAACUUAAAACAGAUAUUGAUGAAAUACAUUAAGAUUGUAGGGGCACCUAGAACGAUACAGACUUUUUUUUUUUUUUUUUUUUUACCAUGUUAAAUAUAGCAAAAUACUGUGUAUGUUACCUCUGGGACCAUGACUGAAGUCCCAUUCAUAGUCCUACAUUUACUGUAGAAUAUUUUUCCCUGUUUCAUUCAUUACUGGUCACAAACCUCAUGGCAAGCAUGGCCCAAUUCAUAAACAAAUCCUUUGUAAGCAGUUGUGAAGGCAUGUGCUGCAGGAAGAGUUCCCUGUCCAGAAAAAAAGUGGCAUUAACUUUCCCAUCCCUGAAGGUGUUGAUGCUGGUGAGGAAGGCAGGGCUGAGCACAGGGACUGACCCAGCAGGGAUGCUGCAUCCUGAUUUCUGUGCUCCAUUCCAGAGGCACUGCUGGCUCAGUCCUCAUCUCCAUGCACCCCUUGGCUGCUCUGAUGAGGAUUUCCAUCCCAACAAAUUAAUUUUGAGUGACUGGUUUUCUCAGCUGGGGCUGUUGGAUGAGGUUAUCACUUUCUUGUAUCACAAAGGACAUGAGGCUGCUAAGGACACUCAGCCAUCUAUUGUGGUAUGAAUUUCUGCUGGGGAGUUGUUAGGAAAAAACCUGAACAUCGAUGCCAUCACUGCAGAUGCUUCUCUGAGGUGAACAAAGGGUACCUUAAUUAUGUCUACUCAAAGGAAUUCCAGUUGUCUCAAUAUAUUUUAAAAUCAUGUUUCCAUCUUAAAAAACGUAAGAUUAUAUUUUGCAUUGAAAGAUGAGGAGUUGUUGAUAGAAAGAUUGAACCCCUGUAGAGACUUGUAGAUCAUUUGAACCCUCAUUGAAUUAGUGAAUCAUUUGAGUUUUAAGACUGUGGUUUGGGUGAUGCUGCCUGUGCUUGGGUUGGCCACAUGAUUAGUCCCUACUGUUCAGUGAGUGGCAAACUCAAAUACAGGUUGGGCAGAGGAUGCAUCAAGAGCAGCCCUGAGGAGAAGGACUUGGGUUCUUGGUUGACAAGAAGCUCAACAUGACCUGCAAUGUGCAGUCACAGCCCAGAAAGCCAACUGUGUCCUGGGCUGCAUCAAAAGGAGUUAGACCAGCAGGUCAAUGGAGGGGAUUCUCAGCUCUUGUUUGAGCCCACCUGGAGUGCUGUGCCCAGCUCUGGGCCCCCAACAUGAGAAGGACAUGGACCUACUGGAGAGAGUCCAGAGGAGGCUGUAAAGAUGCUCAGAGGGCUGAAGCAUCUCUGCUGAGGAGACAGGCUGAGAGAUCUGAGGGUGUUCAGCCUGGAGAAGAUCUUGGAGCUCUUUUCAGUGUCUAAAGGGUCUACAAGAGAGCUGGAGAGGGACUUUUUAAAGGGCAGGGAGUAAUAGGACAAGGAGGCUUCAAACUGACAGAGGACAGGUUUAGAUUAAAUGUCAGGAAGGAAUUUUUUAUUGUGAGAGUGCGGAAGCCCUGGCACAGGUUGCCCAGAUAAGCUGUGGAUGCCCCAUUCCUGGAAGUGUCCAAGGCCAGGUUGGAUGGGUCUUGCAGCAACUGGUCUAGUGGAAAGUGUCCCUGCCCAUGGCAGGGGCUUGGAAUGAGACGAUCUUUAAGGUCCUUUCCAGUCCAAACCAUUCUGUGACUCUGUGGAACCAGAGCAAACAGGACUAUGUGUCUCAGAUCCCAGGGGAAAAAACAAGCAUUUUGUUUAAAAAGCAGCACUUAAACACAUCCAGCUAUCUCACACUCCACAGUUUGUUGUUGAGGGCUGUUGUGGAGUGACUGACUCACCUGCUGGACAAGGCAAAUGCACGAGAGUCCCUUUUCCUCCUGCCUUGCCCAGAAAUCCCUCACAGUUGCUGUACCUGUGUGGUUUGGUUUUUCCCUGAAUCCAUUUAAAUCAGAGCUUCCCUGGCUGGAAUUUAAUCCGUAUGCUCUACCUACCACUGAUAAGAUGCCAAAACCAAACAAGGGUUUGUUGUUUCAUUGUGAAUGAGGCCUGCAGUUUAGUUCAAUUGAGCAUUUGCUAUUCGGGAAAGGGGUUUGUCUCAAAAUUUGUUUAAUUUUACUUCUCAAUGCUAAAGCAAGGCUGGAUGUGAAUUUGUUUCUGCUGAGAUCAGGGGAAGAGAUGUCAAUGACUUCAUGGCCUGAGCUGGGACAGGAGCUGGGUAGGUGACAACUGAGGGCACUGAGGGCAGUGGGAACACUGCCAGCCCUUGGGGCUGCUGCAGGUUCAAACCAAAGCCUGCAUUGCAGCUGUGAGCACUAAAACCCCAUCGAAAUGCUAAUCAGGGGACUGUGACACUAAUGUCAAUGUACCUUAGGCAACCAUGCAGUAUUCAUAAAUGCAUUUAUGUAUUGUAGCUCUUAAAUUCAUAGGACUUCAGGACCUUGUCCAAUUUGCUGUAAAUGUGACACUUUAUGUAAAGGGUCAGAAGAAUGACAGUGAGUACUGACCCAUGACUGGUACCUUAUCCAUAUGUAGUGUGUGACCAUUCUGCUGUCAUAGCUGAGUUAGGAUGGUUCUUCUAAAGCAAAAAGACUUGCUAUUAGCAAAAGCAGAGGUCCUAAUAAUGACAAUACAUCUGUGUCCAUUCUCCAAGUUUCUUUGUGGGUUUUUUAAUGGUUGUUGGUUUGUUUGGGUGUUUUAUGCUUUUUGAGGUGUGUUACCCAGUAGUCAGUGAAAUGGGUGGCUAAAGAGUACAAAGAACUGUUAAUAGUAAAGGAAGUCAUCAAAAGGGGAAGCCAGUAACUACCACAAUAUGUGUAAGGCCUCUCCUAAGUAUUCAUUUUUAGAAAACUACGUAUGUGGAAGAGUGAUUUGUAUUUGGUUAUCUAAGUCAUGUGCUGUCAAACAGCUGCAUUUUAAGAGGGUUCCUUUUUCUCCUUUUUUAAAUUGCACAAACAAAAAAGUUGAGGGCAUAAGACUAAAAAUACCAUCUGCAAUAUACAAUAUGGCAAAAUGAUGGUGAAAUAGAAUACCCUCCCUAGAAAUUGCUCCAAGGUUAAAGAGAGAUUCCAGUGGGACUUGGGGAGAUGUCAGGUUAGUUCACAUCAUACUUAAUUUGCAAAUACAAAUGCUUUUAAUGAAAGUUAGCUUUUGUAGGCAUAAGAUGGAGGCACAUGUGCACACAAAUACACACACACUCAUAUACACUUGUUUACAACAAAAGCCAAUUUUCUUUAUAUAUGUUGGCUUUAAGUUUUCAUAUUGCAAAAGAGAGUAAACAAAGACCAAAGAUUUCAAGAAAUCCAUUCCUCUCUGGUUACCCUCACACCUGAAAUGCAUUAACUUUAAUGGUGCUUUUUUUUUGAACUGGGCAGGAGAAAUACAGGUGUAUCAUAAAGCUACAUUUGAGAGAGUAAAGUGGCAGGAAGGCUCUAACUUGGUUAAUGGGGAGAGGAGGAAAUAAUGUGAAAAAUCUUGAAAUGUGUGCAGAGGACAAGGUUAUCUGAAAUUUGAAAUGUGAAGAAAUAGCCCAGAACCAAAAGACAUCAUCCUGGGCUGAAAGUAUAAAUAAACUGAGUAAAUGGUGCUGGCUGUUCACUUACCUCCACUUGAGCAUUAGCAGAUCAGGAGCUCCAGUGGCUGCUCAGUGAAGAAGAGUAGAAGAGUAACUGCUGUAAUGAUUUCAUUUUAGAAGUACAUACAGUAAAAACAAAAUUAAAAAAAAAGUCAGAGGCUGUAGUCUUUUUUUAUGGCUGACAUUUUAAAUUUUGAAAUGUCAUCAUCCAGAAUUCAACCCCAGCAAGUACAGGGUGUGUUCCUGCCAAGCUUUGCCAAGCCCUGCUUUGGUGCUUUUUGAACGUGAAAAUACCAGCCUUUUUAUUGCCCUGGCUGUAGAGGAGCAUGAUCCUGGCAAGAGUUGCCUUUUAACCUUUUUCCCUCAGUUCUGAAAUUGCUGUGUAAUGUUUGGGUAGCUGGUGUCCUGCUGCAUCUGCAUCUGUGUGCAGUGACCAGCCCCCAAAUCCGCAUCGUGUCACAUCUCAGUCCCACAGAACCCCACAACCUGUGUGUAGCAGUGGCACUGUGGUGAAAUUCGGGACUUUCAGGUCAAUUCUGUGUGGCACUUGCUGUUUUCACAGCUCAAGUAGCCAAGUUUAUGACUGUGAGUGGAGCAAGGUUAAAAACACUGAUGUGGUGCUGAUGUUAUUCAACUAAGAGUGGGGUAAAUUAAACAAGGUAGGAGUGAAAGGGAAGAAAUGGUGAGACAUCACCCUAAUCACAGUAAUGCAGCCAACUUCUCUGUCUCUUUGCACUAUUAUACUUUAAAUUAAUAACAUCCACUUUACUAAAUACAGUAGCGAUUAUGCUUGAGCUUUCAUGGUGCACAGUGGAAUUACUGUCACUGAAACCACUUACAGCUUGGGCUGUUCAAGAUUGCUGGGGUGUUGUUUCUGUCCGCAAUAACCACAGUGGCUUGGGGCUUGGAUGGAAAUUAAUGUAAAUAGCUUGUAUUUAGAAAGCUUUUAAGUCUGCUGUGGUUGAGAAGCCCUCAGUUAUGCACAUACAGCCCUGAGGGUUUAUCAUUUCAUCCUCUCCUGUCCUGCCACUUGAAUUGUAUUGUGCCCUUGUGAAAAGCAACACACUGUAUAAAGAAUACUGGAAAAGCUGCAGGAUUUUUAUCCAAAAUGAGAAGAAAAUAUAAUCUUGGUGCACCACUGAGAUUUCCCAUCCAAGUCACUUUAAGCUAGAGGUGCAAGUCCCUUAAAAAUUAAUUUGCUGCAAGUGUAAUUCCUGUGGGAAAGUUAGCACUGGUGUCGCUCCCAGGGAAUGUCUCACCUUAUUGCAGCUGGAAGCCAGGGGAUGGCUGGGAUUUUCUGCCACCAUUCAGUAGGGAUGGGCUGCCUGUUCAGAGGAAGCCAGAUUUCUGUUGAGGCAAAUCCUCUCCAUUGAUUGAGCUUUUGUUAGCUUUUAAGUGGUAUCAAUACAUAGGAAGGAUACGUCCACUGUGAUGCGACAUGUAGUUGUAUGUUUGCCUCACAUUUAGUUGGUUAAAACUUCCUGCCAGGGAGAUAAAAUAUCAGAAGGAGAAAUUUGUGUCAAAAUGUUGCAUUUACAUUGUGCUACCAAAUGCUUCAAAUAAAAACAUGCCACUUUAGUUAAACAGUCUUUUCUUCUGAGAUUAAAAAGGACUCCUUGGAGUCUCUCAUCAGGUCCUACCCAAAUGGAAAGUCUUACCAUUUCUAACAUAUUUGCCAUUAUAGGAACAAUUCCAUUGCAAAGCACAGGCCAUGUGCAUCUUUUCAUGUAACAGGAAUUUUAAAUUGCAUUGUACUCUCACAUUUUUUCCCCAUUCAAAGGCUUAAAUGCCAAUAGGAGAUAAAGCACUCCGAAACCUGCUACUGCUAAAUGCAUUAUCGCUUUCUAAAGCAAUGUAGUUUCCUUGGUCUUUUAAAAAUUUCCUCAUAAUGGAGUCCUUGAAAUAUCUUGAGGCAGGCUCACGCUGGAGAGCAAAAGAAUAAUUAUUUGUGGGUGGUGCUAUUUUUGUUGAAGCUUGGAUUGAAAAAAAUGUUGCUAUCAGAGUUUCUCCCACACUUACUUACUGCAAACACCACCAUCCCCCAACACCAUGGCUAGAUCUCUCUAGGGUGGCUGCCUUAGAGCAGGGAGUUACCUCCUACACUAAACCACAGCCUGAUAAUUUUGUCUUCAUCUAGGUCUUCCUCUGGGCUUGUGCACUUGAUUUUAGUGCUGUCAUGGACGUAACAGAUAAUAAAACACUUCGUCAGUUUUAGUGAUUUUAGAGAUGAUACAAAUGAUGUGUGUCUGCAGUCUGAGGGGUAUAAAUAACACUGGUAUUUGUUGGGUGCUGUUCUAACAAGCCUUUGGCCACCUUGAGAGCAGUAACUCCUGAAGGUGCAGCCAAGUAGCUCUUAAAACCACCUCUGCUUUGUCCCUUAAUACCUGUACAGCAUCCAAGGGGAUGCCAUGGGGAUGGUUCCCAGUACUCUGCCUUCACUCAGAAAGCCUGCAAGGUGGGGGAGUCUCCUGCGUGGCUUUGCCCUUUCACUUCUGUCUCAUCCCUUUGGCAGCUCCUCUGUGCUAGAAAUGGCAGCAAGGCAUGAUGCCUGCCUUGGGGGGACUGGUCUGGAGCAGUGUGACAGGGCCAUUCACAGCAUGGCAGUUUGGCUCUGCAGAUGGUGUAAACCAGGGUUUGGCUCCAUUUGACUCCCUGGUAGCCUACACUGCCCAAGGGUUGGACCUAAGGGUUUAGCACCUUUUGAGAGAUCAUAAAAAAGAGUAUGGCUGCUCUGCCUAACCUACUGCCUGGGUGCUCCUGGUGGCAGCGUGGGACACAGGUGCCUCUGGGAUUUCCUUAUCUCAUGGGUGCAGAUAAAGAGCUGUGGGAAAUCUUGCCACCACUGCCAGCUCAAGAUGCUGGCUGACAAUGGAGGCAUGGUCACCCAGCUUCCUUCCAGCCACCACUAUGAACCAUGCAGGGUUUCAGCUGGUGAUUUGCUGGAUCAUGUGUGAAGCAGAAGGUCUCUCUGGGCAAGCACUGAGGGUCUGCCGGUCCUGCUGGCAAUAGGGAAAGGUUGCAGUGGUUGCAGAGUGGCUUCCACAGGGCAGGAGCUGCUGGAGAAAUUCACUUUCUUGUCCCUUUUCGUGGGUUGUCAGAGCAAGGACAGAAGUUAGGAUGAACAAAUCCUGCCCUUGCUCAGCCAAGUAAGAAACCUCAUAAAGGGCAGAUCUGAGCAGUUAUUGUCCCCUGUGUUUAUUGGAGAUGGGCUAAGUUGACAGCAUUCACACCUGGAUUCUUCUCUAGGUCAGAGCUUUUCCUGAGCUGUGACCCAGGUCUUGGUCUGGAUCUUCACUGUGCAGUAGUUUGGGAGCAGGGAAGGGAUUGACGUGCUGGAUCUGAUUCAGAUCCAUUUAGGUUUUGAUUUAGGGCUUCCUUUUUUUUGCCCACUCCUUGUUUGAAUUAGUUUCCUUGUGAGCAAAUGCCAAUAGAGUUUUCAAUAUUCAUCCAAAAAAUGCUUCAUGUAGGUAGAGCCAACAGAGGAACAACAUUCAGUGUGAGUUGAAGCCAACCCCUGUUCAUCUACUGCAGUAGCAUAAAAGGCAUGACCCAUAAGCUAUAGCAGUUUUCAUCCGUGAUGGUAAAACACUUUGUCUGACCUCUACUCUGAAAACCACCAAUGACCUUGAUCAUGUAAACAGGACAAAAUGAAUUUAAAGUCUUAUCACAGUUCUCAUUAAGAAAUCUGGAUUUGUUUGGCUUUUUUCUUUUUAAUUUAUGUAUGUGUGUGAUUGUGUGGGAAAAUAUAAAGCUGUUUUGUAUCAAAUAACAUCAAUCCUUGCACACUCUAUGCAAAAUUUUGUAAGCAUUGCAAUAAUGCUAUGAAUUACACAAGGAACUAUUUUAACUUUAUUACACUUUCUGUAUAAAAAAAAAAGUUUGUAUUUAAAUGAUUUC